AUGGGCAACUGCAUGUCAAAUUCAGAGCUGCGAGAGGGAAAGACGCGCUCGGACGAAAUUGAUAAACAGAUCGAGGAGGACUCUAAGAAGUUCAAGCGCGAAUGUAAGAUUCUGCUACUUGGCUCUGGCGAGUCAGGAAAAUCGACCAUCGUGAAGCAAAUGAAGAUCAUUCAUCAGAACGGUUAUACGACUGAGGAACUAUUGGCCUUUCGCCCUCUAAUAUGGAAGAAUCUCCUCGAGAGCGCGCACGCUGUAAUUAAUGCUCUCGCGAAGAUCGGCCUGGAGCCAAUCAUGCCUUUGAACAAGGACAAUCUCCAGCGGCUGCUCAACUAUGAGCUCGCCGAGUCCGAUCCCUCCUUUUUCUUCAGCCCCGAAAUGGCCCAUGACAUCCAAGAUCUCUGGCAAGACCCAAUAAUCGCUAAGAUGAUGGAUCACUCGUCACAAUUCUACCUUAUGGAUUCCGCAUCAUAUUUCUUCACAGAAGCCCACCGACUAGCAGCAAACAACUACGUACCAACGCAGGAAGACGUCCUGCGAGCUCGAGCAAAGAGCACGGGGAUCACCGAAACACGGUUCAAUAUGGGUACACUGUCAAUACAUAUGUUUGAUGUGGGAGGACAACGCUCGGAGCGCAAGAAGUGGAUUCACUCGUUUGAGAGUGUUACCAGCAUUAUUUUCUGUACAGCAUUGUCAGAGUACGAUCAAGUUCUUUUGGAAGAGAAAAAUCAGAAUCGAAUGGCGGAGUCACUCGUCCUCUUCGAUUCGGUCAUCAACUCGAGAUGGUUCCUUCGAACAUCGAUCAUUUUGUUCUUGAAUAAGAUUGAUGUCUUCAAGAAUAAGCUACCGAAGGUGCCUCUGGAACGCUACUUCCCAGAGUACACAGGCGGAGCCGAUGUGAAUAAAGGCGCAAAGUACAUUCUCUGGCGAUUUAUGCAGGCGAACCGGGCACGAUUGAGCGUUUAUCCGCAUAUAACGCAGGCUACCGAUACCUCAAAUAUUCGGCUCGUGUUUGUCACUGUCAAGGAAACGAUUCUUCAAAACGCUCUCAAAGAGUCCGGAAUCCUUUGA